AUGGCCUCCGACGGUGGAGGCAGCCCACACGAGCUGGUGGUGCAGUCAUGGAUCAUGUAUACCAUUGGCAUGAUAUUAUACCUACUCCGACUAUAUGCCCGGUAUGACCGGUUGGGCUUGAAAUGGCAAGCAGAAGACUAUAUCAUGUUGCUUGCAAUUGGCUGGUAUACUGCGCUGGUCGUCACCAACAUCCAACUAGCAGAAGGCGGUGGUGGCACGCUUUAUACGCCGGAAGAAUACGCCACAUUCACACCGCAGGAUAUCUUGGAUAGAGAACAAUUUGCUAGGGUCGAGUUUGCGUCGGAGCAGUGUAUGGUCAAUACAAUCUGGUUCCUGAAAGCAUGCAUGCUCAUCAUCUAUUGGCGCAUGACUACGAAUCUUUUACGACAAUUCUGGGUCAAGCUCUGCGCAGGAUACACUCUGGCAGGAUACAUCGCUGUCGAGCUCACACUCUUCCUCAACUGUCGUCCGUUUUCGGGAUAUUUUACCAUCCCGCCGCCUCAGCAACAAUGCGCCACGUACUUUAACUACGAAGUUGUUMAAGCCGUAUUUAAUAUCUCCUCCGAUUUAGCCAUUCUGUUGGUCAUCAUUCCAACUUUGUGGAAGAUGAAUAUGUCGAACAAAGAGAAAGUGCCCAUUGUCGUCAUUUUUGGGCUGGGAUUCUUCUUGAUCGUUUGCGCCAUCGUAUCCAAGAUUUUCACUUUCCGCGACAUCUACGACACCUCGUACCAAUUCUGGUACCUCCGAGAAGCCUCGGUCGGCAUCUACGUUUCCAACCUCCCAUAUGUCUGGUCCUUCCUCCGCCGCACGAUCAAAUUCCUCCACUCCACAGCUACCGGAACAAAAAAGAGUUCGCGACAACUAUACUACGGCGCCCAGACGGGUGACAACCCCUUCACAGGCCAUACCGGGCCCCGAAGUCGGAAUUUUUCAGCCAUCACAUCGAACCACGACGAAACGCAUCUGGGUCGCAGCGAGAGCGAAGAACACAUCUUUGGCGGUAUGGGGACGGAGACGCGGGUGCUGGGCGGUGAUGUACACCUUGGCGAAGUCAGUCCGAUAAAACAAUACAACAUUCACAAGACGACUGAGAUCCACAUUGCCAGCAGCGAAAGCAACGUGUGA